AUGUUGGUUUUGGACUUUAUCAUUUUCGCUAUAGACUCUCUUCCUCACCACUCACUCACCACAAUCCUAUGCUCUUUGAAAGAAGACCCUCUACCCAAUCUUGAGCCACCAAAAUGGCUCUCAAACCACCCAGUAAUUACUGAAACCUACCGUCUCCGACCCAGCACCAUUGAUCAUCCCACUCUGACUCUGCUCCCCCCCCCCAAAGAAAUCUCAAAACGCUCGGCAUAUCCAUCCUCCCACACAACAACGAGAACCGAGCCCGUAACCCGUCAAUAA